UCAGUGGCAAUGAAAGCAAUUGGCAAUGUCACCACAUCUGCGGAAGUGUCCCGUAUCCCUGUUGAGGGAAAGGAUUUCAAUUCAAGGAUACAAGGUGGUAUUCUGAGCGAUGGGAUGGGUGGAUUGAUUUCUGUGCUAUUUACUGUCACUCCUCUAUCAGUAUUUGCUCAGAAUAACAGUGUUAUUUCUGUCACUUGCUGUGCAAACCAUGCAGCAGGAAGAUGGUGUUGUGCCUUCCUCAUCAUCUUCGGUUGCCUCAGAAAGAUCUCAGGGUUCUUUCUCGCAAUACCUAACCCCAUCUUAGGCGGCAUGACAAUGUUCCUCUUCGCGAGUGUUGCUGUCUCAGGCCUGCAUGUCCUUUCCUAUAUCAAGUAUACAUGA